AACUCAACCAGCGGAAAAUGGAAGUUCAAGUAAUCGGUGAGGACAUCACACCAGAAGAGGUGACCGCCGAAAUGGGCUGGCGCACCGCCCGUUCCCGCCGUCCCGACAAGAAACCUGGCCAAAACUCAUCUCACGACGACCCGCCCCAAUCGCAAGACUCCCACUCUCGCUCUAAAACCAGGAAGAACGUUAAAUCUCAAGUCCUCAAGGCCGGACGUAUGCCCCAAUUACCCAAGAACGAAAUUAAGAUCAUUGUGAGACCUAAAGGGGCGCUAAAUAUCCCCAAAGUCGGCAGCCCCACAGUGACUGCAGCUAUUUUCCAAGCAACACAACUUAGCCCGGAAGAAAGCCAAGACAACACGAUCUGCCCGAACGUUCAACAAAACAUCGUCGUGAUCAGCACGCCCCGACCGCACAAUGCUGACAGGUACGUGCGCAUGAAAUCUAUCCACGUCAAUGGUGUCACCCACGAAGUCAACGCAUACGAGGCAGCCCCAGACAACACUACCAAGGGAGUCCUCCGAGGUAUUCCCCUCACCGAUAGCGCCCAGGAAAUCGACGCGAACAUCAUAAAUGCCCGCAAUCCAUUAGCCCUGGCCGCCAAGCGCGUCGGUUCCACCACGACCAUCGUAAUCGCCUUCGACGGACCCAGUGUUCCGCACUUGGUCCGAUACGGCGCUACAUUGAUCCCCUGCUGCUUGUACCGAAAGCAAAUCGACAUAUGUUACCACUGUGGCCGUCUCGGGCACCGCAUGGACGUUUGUCCAUUCCCCAACAACAAGAUCUGCAGGGGCUGCGGCGCCCGCAAUCCUGAACAAGACCAUCAGUGCACCCCGAAGUGCACGCUGUGCGGUGGACCCCACCCCACGGCGGACAAAGGGUGCACGGCCAAAUACAAAACGCCAUACGUCAUCCGGAAACGCCUCUGGGAACAACGCAUGGCACAGCAAUCACUCCCUCAACCAGGUGAUUUCCCGCCCAUAGACACCAACCACCUCUCUCGCUCCCGCUCCCGACCCAGAGCAGGCCGUUCCCGGUCAAGAUCUAGGUCGACCCCAAGAGUCCGACAAACUUCGGAAAAGCGACUUCCGCCGCCACAGCCACGGCAGAACCACCAACAACAGCAGCCGGGACCAGGCCCGCAGCCUGACCAACAAGAACAGGUGAGCUGGGCAGAUAGGGUCUCCCUGCCCCCUAAGCCUCAACAUAAGGACAGUGGCAGAUCCGCCCUAGAACUACAGCUAGCCCAAAUUCAGUCCGUGUUGAAUCAGGUGUUACGAGAGAACAGGAAUCUUAAAGCAGAAAUCGCUCAAUUAAAGACAGAGAAAGUAAAAGGCAGGAGCCGCACGCCGUCAAUUACCAGCGGGAGGACACCAACACCGCCCCCCCUCCCACAUGCGCAAAUAGCCUCGGUUGCUGCGGAAGGCCCGGUGGUGACGGCACCGCCGCAAAAGCGGAAAGCCGAGGAAAACCCGCAACCAAGCGACGAACUACUCGAAAGUCUAACGGAGCUCGUAAAAGCGCAAUUCGAUGCACUUAACUCAAAGAUAGAGCUACUCGGACAGCGCAUGGACAGAAUUGAACUUAGAACUACAGCCAUCGAAAGUACACUCGCGGAGAGCCGUCCCGCAGCGGCGGGACCAAUUAAGAGCACAAAACCUUACCAAAGGCCCGUUGCCGCGGAGAGUAGCAGUGACAACAGCAAGGCCACAGGAGAACCAGCACAUAGCAACUAG